AAGAACUAUGAAAUUAAGAACGAGGCAGAUCGGACUUUGAUCUACACCACUCUUUACAUCUCUGAAUGCCUCAAGAAGCUCCAGAAGUGCAGUUCAAGGGGCCAAGGAGAGAAGGAGAUGUACACGCUGGGAAUUACCAACUUUCCUAUCCCUGGAGAACCUGGCUUCCCUCUGAAUGCCAUGUAUGUUAAACCCUCUAGCAAACAGGAGGAAGAAACGAUGAGGGCUUACCUGCAACAAAUCCGACAGGAGACAGGACUGAGAUUGUGUGACCGUGUGUUCGACCCUCAGACAGACAAACCAAGCAAGGUGAGGCAUAUUGAAAUAUUAUCAGUCAAAUCAAG